CGCAUCAAGCACAAACAGUUCGCAACGAACGCGCAAAGUGAACGGAACGUCGACGACCUCAACACAAUCCAAGCAGAGGCGCCCAAACACAUAUAUCCAGUGAAUCUUUCCCAGUGUAUACCAAACGCCAACAACAACAACAAUCAMAACAAUGGCCUCCGUUAAGGAUAGUCUCUUGGCCCCGGUGGCGGAAACUUUGCCCAGCUCGGGCCACAAGGUCACUGUGGUGGGCAUCGGCAUGGUGGGCAUGGCCAGCGCCUUCAGCAUUUUGGCCCAGAACGUCUCCAAGGAGGUGUGCCUCAUCGACGUCUGCGCCGACAAGCUGCAGGGCGAGCUGAUGGAUCUGCAGCACGGCUCCAACUUCCUGAAGAAUCCCCAGAUCACAGCCAGCACCGACUAUGCCGCCUCGGCCAACUCGCGUCUGUGCAUCGUGACCGCCGGUGUGCGCCAGAAGGAGGGCGAGUCCCGCCUGUCCCUGGUGCAGCGCAACACCGACAUUCUCAAGAACAUCAUCCCCAAGCUGGUGGAGUACAGUCCCGAUACCAUUUUGCUGAUGGUGUCCAAUCCCGUGGACAUCAUGACCUAUGUGGCCUGGAAGCUGUCCGGUCUGCCCAAGAAUCGCGUCAUUGGCAGCGGCACCAACCUGGACUCGUCCCGCUUCCGUUUCCUGAUGUCGCAGCGCCUGGGCGUUGCACCCACCUCCUGCCACGGCUGGAUCAUUGGCGAGCACGGCGACAGCUCGGUGCCCGUCUGGUCCGGCGUCAACAUUGCCGGCGUGCGCUUGCGCGAGCUGAACCCCACCAUUGGCACCGGUGAGGAUCCAGAGAAGUGGAACGAGCUGCACAAGCAGGUCGUCGAUUCAGCCUACGAGGUCAUUAGGCUGAAGGGCUACACCUCCUGGGCCAUCGGCCUGAGCACUGCCUCCCUGGCCUCGGCCAUCUUGAGGAACACCAGCAGCGUGGCUGCCGUCUCCACUUCCGUCUUGGGCGAGCACGGCAUUGACAAGGACGUGUUCCUCUCGCUACCCUGCGUGCUGAAUGCCAACGGCGUCACCUCCGUGGUCAAGCAAAUCCUGACCGAUGACGAGGUGCAGCAGCUGCAGAAGUCGGCCAACAUCAUGGCCGAUGUGCAGGCCGGUCUGAAGUUCUAAGCUCAAAGUCUACGCAGAACACAUCACCAGCAGAGAGAGCUACUUCUUAGUCGAUUUCGUAACAGGCACGCCCCCUUUUUAGUUUUGGGAGGGGGUGAAGCUAGUGAAGCAGAAAGUAUUUUUGACUACCAAAAUGUUUAUUUUAAGUCGUUCACUCAGUUUAUUUAUUAUUUUAAUUUCUUUUUGUGUUCGUUACAAAUAAAUUUGUAAAAUCUAAGUUCUAUUUUAAACAAGAGAAGAGAA